AUGAAUACCCUCCACCUAUUUUCUUCGGCAGAUCUUCCUACAACUGAAGUUACGGGAUUGAGACAAAGAUAUCUAGUCGACCGAUCCUCCCUGGUAGAUGGGGAGAAAACAUUGACGACCCUUAGGACACGUUGGCCUCCGCUCGGCUUGCCCAACAUAACUUGUCAAACACUUGAUCCUAUGUGGGUGGCUUCGCGUCCUUUGGACUGGCGCAAACAUUACCACGGAAGAGGGAUGGCGAGGCUACAUCAAGCCUGGAGGUUCCUUUUGAAGGUCAUUGUGCUCCCGCAUAUUAGUGCGGGGAGCGUCAACAAUAUCCAAAUUCUGUUCUUAGUGGCCUCUCUGUUAUGUUUCACUUUCGACGCAGGUGAUGCUGCUGAGCGUGCUGAGGCGAAUAGCCACAUGUUCCCAUAUCUCUUCGAAGAGUACCCAGGAGUUGAAGAUAUUAAUGCGCGGGCCCCAAAAUUGGGAAUAGACGACUCGAUAUCCUCACAGGACGAUGGAGGCCGUUUCACUGCCACUCAAAGCCUUGCGAAUGGCUUCCAGAGAGCAUAUGAUCCAAGUCCUUCAAGCUCUCUUUACAUAUGGUUCAUUUUGAGCGUGAAUGAAACUUCAGACUCCCCUUCUCUACAACAGGCCAGUCUUCGGCAUGCGGCCGAGGAAUUUCUCGUAUGCCCACCGCUACUUCGCUUCCACCUAGAAUUCGCAUUAGCGACCGCAAUAUCGGGCGAGGAACCCUACCACCAUGUGGACAGACAGUUAUACAAGCUCGCAUGCUUACCAAAUUCCUGGCAUUUCUCCGAUACUGGUUAUGAACGCGCCAUAAUACUGGGCCGUCCGAACUAUUGUUGA